CUGCAUGCGUCAUUCUGCCUCACAUUCAACACACAUCCUGAAAGAAGCAACCCUGCCAAACCGCACAAGCCCAUUAAGUGAGCUGGAGCGCAGAUGAGACAAACAGAGUAGGCCCAAAUUAUGAGUGGAAUGGAAUCACCCUCUGGCACUAAUACAUGAAGUAGCAAAACAUAGAGAGCUGGGGUCAGUAACAUGAGCCCAAAACGGGAGUUCUGUGAAAACGUGUGGCUCAUAGUGUACAAUGACCUCUGCUCUGACCCUGUGCCAACAUCCACUGUGGGUAAUGUAAUCCUAGCUGGGACUCCAGCAAAUUGCACAAUGAUGAAGACACACCAGGUAUGUGUUGGAAUCAAAUACUUUUAGAAUAGAUUCCUGUACGGAGUUAUCGGAUAAAAGUUUACUUAUUGUUUAUUAAUCAAUUACUGUUGUCAACUUAAAACGUUGCCAAACUUUGAACAUUCUCUGUCUUUUGCACGUUCUCCUCCAAUUCCAGAAACUGCUCCAUCUCAUGAGGCUACAAUCUCAAAAGUGACACAGUCAGGCAUUGGUGUAAUUGGUGCCAGAAACCACUGCAAGCGCAUCACAGGAAGAUCUCUACAUCGACAACGACCGUUCCAUGAAAGUGGAGGACGCCGUCUUGGAUUUACGCCUCACUGAAUCCAAACACCGGGACCUGUUUAACAGAAGCGAGAAGAGAUGGCGACACCAGAAAACACUCCUCCUGAUGACCAGAGAAGUCAUGAUCGCAAAGUGGCUGACGCCAUUAACGUGAUAAAAAGCCAGCUUGAACACAUUCAAAAAGAGUUUGCAGACCGUGAUGCAAAAAUGAAAGAUCUGGAGGAGGCUCUGUCUACAGAGAGGGAGCGGAAGCGUCAACAACAAAGGGCAUGCCAAACCAUGUCGGCCCGCAAAAAGAGAAAACGUCCCAGCGAGGCUUCGAGCUUCCCCAGCAAAGAUGUGGCUCAUACUGACAUCACCCAGCAGGCCUCUGCUAGCAGGCAGGGCACCAUGAAAUUUGACCGGCAAGACAAAUAUAUCCGAAUCUGGAAUGACGCAGAUGAGGAUCAGAAUUUGGGGAACUGGCAGGUGCAGUGCCAGGUUGGAUCUUCUGCUCCCAUCAUAUUCAAGUUUCCCGCAGAAUUAAUCCUGAAGGCCGGCCAGACUGUCACGAUCUGGGCGGCUGGUGCUGGCGGAAACCACAAUCCUCCCUCUGAACUAGUCUCGGAGGCCGACUGGGAAACCGAAGGCCUGUUCCAGACUACCUUGAUGAACGCCAACGGAGAGGUGACACAUCUUUCAAGCGACAAGAAGCAAUAUUUCUCUUUUGACGUCCGUUUUUCUUCCAGGAAAUGGCGAGAAGCAAAUCUCCCGGCACACAUUUGGAAGAUGAUGAUGGAAAUUUCGCUUCCACCUCGGGAUAGAGGAAUUUCGGUUUCUUUGUGUGUCAAGCAGACUUUGACUUUUGACGUGGUCACAUUAUAAAAAUAUGUUAUAACAAUACAAUUAAAUGGGCUUUUUUUUUUAAAUAAAAUCUGCUCCGACCU